CGCUAGGGCCGCCUUUACUGUGAAUGAUGAUUCUCCCUACUGCUGCCGCUGCAUUGAACGGCGAGAGCAGGUCGUAUCCUCAUGCGUUGGAUGAUGUUGGCGGAGCGGCGCAAACAGUACUACAACAGGGGAUCAACUUGGUAGCGUCUCUCGGUGAUGUUGACGGAGAUGUGAUGCGGAAAGCAGAGAUGAUCAGUGGAGCUGUGAUAGUGGUCUCACUCAGUGUCGCCUAUUUACCCGACCAUGGCGUUUUCACUAAGCCCUUCAAAGCAGCAUGGAGAGUGAUGCUGGGCAUCGCGUUGUGUUACUCAUUUUUCCUGAUGUAUUUACUGCUCAACUAUGAUAGGGAGGAAGCAAUCCAAUUUCUUGGAUGGUUGGACCCGAGCUUGGGUAAGCCGCUGCCUGAAAAGAACUAUGCGGAUAAUUGCGAGUUGUGGGAUACCAAAAAUCCUAAACAUUUACAUAACUUUCUCGACAGGAUUGAUAUAUUCAUAGCCUGUCACUUACUUGGCUGGAUGUGGAAGACUAUCAUAAUUAGGGAUGCAGCAUUGGUGUGGUAUUUAUCCAUUCUCUUCGAGUUCAUCGAGAUUUCCUUUAGACAUUUGUUACCUAAUUUUUAUGAAUGUUGGUGGGAUUCGGUGCUCUUAGACGUUUUGGGAUGCAACGCUUUGGGCAUCUGGUUAGGCAUGACUGUUAUCCGCAAACUGGGACUGGAAGAUUACGAUUGGGGAUUUCCCCGGGGAGGGUGGUGGUCCGAUCAUCGGAAGCUCCUUGUGUUCCUCUUCAUGACCAUCUUCGUUGAGCUGCUCGAUACUACGCUAUUCUUUAUAAAAUUCGAAUUGUGGAUGCCAACGUCACAUUGGAUCCUCGUGUGCAGGACAUUCUUCUGGGCCUUCUUCGCCCCGCCUUGCACAACGGAGCUUAUCAAGCUGCUGAAUGGUAAAUUGAGUACAUUCCCGUUAUACCUCGUCGUCGGUACGAUCACUCAGUGUUUGGAGCUCGGUCUCUGCAUCAAGUAUGGCAGAGGUGUAUUCCACGAGUCGAUGCCUAGUAAUAUCCGUAAAUGGUGGAUUGUGAUAUGGACAAUCGCUAUUGCUCGGGUCAUACAGUUGCGAAUUGGAGAAUCACGAAGAACUGAGAAGAAGAGUGAUUCUUUACAUAAUGGGGAGAACGCAUCGAUACCAUUCAUGCCUGAAAUGAUUUGGAUUCUUACCAUUCCCUUGUCUAAGUCUCAGUGCCCUGUGGAGGCGGGCUUACUUGAAUGGUUGGCUGCUGUCACUGUCGUUUAAAGCUGUAUGGUCUGAUGAUAGUCCUGAUAAGAAGUAGCCGAUAACCAUCAUACACUCCUGUGGGCGU